CAAUCACUUUGAGGGAAUAGGAAAAUAUGUUUGUUUUGGAGGUAAAGCAACAGUAGCUAAAGUACACAUACUUGCCUGUUUUUUCAAGAAUCUUCAUUAUCAUAUAAACCAAAGCCCACGCCUGCAAUAUAUAGAGAGACACAUUCUCUUGGUCCCUUCGUUAGAGGCUGAGAAAAGUGAGAGAAACAAAGAGAAUUAUUAUCACAAACCAUAUGGCUUUGUGUUCAGUUAUUUCCAAUCUUGUUCUUCUACAUGUUUUGCUUCUUAUCUGUUUUUCUACCAAAGAAGCUUUUGGUGUGUCAAAAGUUUAUUUAAGCAGAGAGGUAAAAGCAGAGCAAGAAGCAGAUAGAGUGUAUGGACUACCAGGGCAGCCUGAGGUGAAGUUCAAUCAAUAUUCUGGUUAUGUCACAGUCAAUGAAACUCAUGGAAGAGCACUGUUCUAUUGGUUCUUUGAGGCAGCUAAUAAACCACAAGAAAAACCUCUUCUCCUUUGGCUCAAUGGAGGCCCAGGUUGUUCCUCAAUUGGUUAUGGAGAAGCAGAGGAGCUAGGACCCUUCUUUCCCCAGGACAGUUUCGAACCAAAGUUAAAGUUGAACCCUUAUUCUUGGAACAAAGCUGCAAAUCUUUUGUUUCUGGAAUCCCCUUUUGGAGUGGGAUUCUCCUACACCAACACCAGCAGUGACAUGAGUGAGCUUGGUGACACCAUUGCUGCUAAGGAUGCACACACCUUUCUCAUCAAUUGGUUUAGGAGAUUUCCACAAUUCAGAUCACACAAGUUCUACAUUUCUGGUGAAAGCUAUGCAGGGCACUAUGUUCCCCAACUUUCUGAGCUCAUUUUUGACAACAAUCGUAAUGCUUCCAAUAAAGACUACAUUAACUUCAAGGGGUUCAUGAUUGGAAAUGCACUAAUGGAUGAUGAAACAGAUCAAAAGGGUAUGAUAGACUAUGCAUGGGAUCAUGCUGUGAUAUCUGAUGCUUUAUACCACAACAUCACAACCACAUGCAAUUUCAGCAACCCAACAAGUGAAUGCAAUGCUGAACUCAAUAAGUACUUCAGUGUCUAUAGCAUUAUUGACAUGUAUAGCUUGUACACUCCCAGGUGUUUCAGCAACAGCAGUGAAACUGUAACCCCUGCAAUCAAAGGCGUAACUCCUCAGUCCUUUUCCAAAUUUGGUAUGAGGCUUGGAAAACCAGCUGGAUAUGAUCCCUGUGCAUCGGAUCAUACUUAUGAUUAUCUAAAUAGGCCAGAAGUUCAAAAGGCACUGCAUGCCAAUGUCACCAAAAUUCCCUAUCCAUGGUCUCACUGCAGCGACAAUGUCAGCAAUUUUUGGAAUGUCGCACCACAAUCCACCCUCCCGGUCAUUAAGAAGCUUAUUGCUGGUGGUCUUCGCGUAUGGGUUUACAGUGGAGAUACCGAUGGGAGAAUUCCUGUGACUUCAACAAGAUACACAUUAAAAAAAUUAGGGCUCAAAAUUGUAGAAGAUUGGACUCCUUGGUAUACUAGCCGGCAGGUGGGAGGAUGGACCGUUGAAUAUGAUGGGCUGACUUUUGUGACCAUUAGAGGUGCUGGUCAUCAAGUUCCAACUUUUGCUCCCAAGCAAGCUCUCCAGCUAAUUCGGCACUUCUUAGUCGAUAAGAAAUUACCACAACACCCAAUUUAAAAAGUUUUUCUAUUAGUUUUUCAUUUUAAUUUGAUGUUUGAUCCACAAUAAGCUUGGGUAGCUAUUUUAUUCCUUCAGGAAUGGUGAAUCCAUCAUUGAAGUGUGAAUUCUAACACUUACAAUUAAAGAAAGUAUAAACCGAUUUGAGUUUGAGUUCAAAAACGUUACAUUGCGCAAA